CCCGGAAUCCCCUUAUUCGUGUGUGAAAAUCUCGUUCGACACAUCGUCGCUGUGCAAGUUUGUGAAUCUUUUCCUUUGAAACCCCACCAACACCAAUACCAGUAUGACCGGUCGCGGCAAGGGAGGCAAGGGACUGGGAAAGGGAGGAGCCAAGCGUCAUCGCAAGGUGCUGCGCGAUAACAUCCAGGGCAUCACCAAGCCCGCCAUCCGCCGUCUGGCUCGCCGUGGCGGCGUGAAGCGCAUCUCCGGCCUGAUCUACGAGGAGACGCGCGGUGUGCUGAAGGUGUUCCUGGAGAACGUGAUCCGCGAUGCGGUCACCUACACCGAGCACGCCAAGCGCAAGACGGUCACGGCGAUGGAUGUGGUGUACGCUCUGAAGCGCCAGGGCCGUACGCUCUACGGAUUCGGAGGUUAAGAAGUUUGCUGUGUGCUAGCGGGACCGUGUGCGCCGCACGCGCCGCCGCCAUCACCCCUCGCUCAUCUCGAAACCACCACGGAUCAUCGGCAUACAAGAAAAACGGCCCUUUUCAGGGCCACUGAUUGAAUUACAGUAAAAAGAGCUUCUCUAUCGUUCA